AGGGAGUGUGAAUAGGGCAAAAGAGAGAGAAAGAGAGAGGAAGAGGAAAAACACAGUGCGGGAACUAACACACGACCAGACACGUCCCGUCAGUGUCAGGUUCAAUAAAGUGUGCCCGAUAUGUUUAACAGGCUGGUGGAGGAGGACACAGGAGAUAGCUGAGAGGAGGCCUCCCUUUCAUUUUUGAUGGUGAGAAUGAAUUCAAUGCCUUAACGCACCGCAAGGCUUCAACAGGCGUUUUUUCCGAUGGCAAUCGAACGGAUCCGGUAGUGAACAAACUGCUGCUGUGUUUCUGUGUCCGUGUUUGUGUGCUUUAAAUUGUGCAGUCGCAGUGAGAAGUGAGAGUGAAGAUAGCCAGCUCGCAGUAGACGGCAGUUGGAAUUUAAAUGCGAUCACGUUUAGCCUGCAAGGCCGUAUAUCCCCGUCGUAGGCCCUGACAGUCGUCUCGAGUGUGCAAAUAACGCGUAAGUGUGUAGGGAAGGAGCAGCGCAAAGUUAGUGCGAGUGAAAUACAAAAUUUAUACAGCGUAAACAAACGCGCUCAUUUCUCACCCCGAAACCCCAAACGGCGGAGCUAAACGGUGCGUAACGUCUCGGGGGCGGGUUUUCCGCUUUGCCGACCUCCUGAGGCUGUACUCAGGAGGAUAUCGCUCAACGACCGGACCGGGCGACCAUUUUGCAUCACCAUUUUGCAGCAUCACCUCCUGCCGGCCCACCACUGUCCGGUUGCCGGCCGUGCGAGGGACAUUACCAAUGCUGCGCCAGCAACGGACGCCAACGUACAGAGGAGAAACCUGAUAGGGCGCGUCGUUGGACACUAAGAUGCUCGCGCUGGCCGCUUUGCUAGCCGUACACGCAGGACUCGCUGGUUCAAUACCGACCGCGCCGGAAAACAUUACCGUCACCUUCCUAACGCCCACAUCGGUACGGGUCUCAUGGCAAACCUCGAUGGAUCCACACACGAUGCCAGUUGACAAAUACGAUGUCACGUACAAGCCGACCGACGCCAGUUACAGGGUUGUCGUAGUGGUGGCCGGUAACCGGGACGCGGUGACGCUCGGAGGACUGACGCCGGACACGCAGUACCAGCUGACGGUGGCCGCCGUCUGGAACGGGAAGAAGUAUCGCAGCCGCCCGAUCGUAUUCAGAACGCUGGAGCCUCCAAGGACCUCGUACCAGCAGGACUCCGGUUCGCUGGUGGGCAGCAGUGGCCCGCCGAACUCACCCCAUGCCGACACGGCGCCCUCGCUGAGUGGCAUCGGCAUCUUCACCGAAGAGUUCGGCAAUAUAUCAGUUAACUCAACGUCCCGCGAACUUCCAACGAUCCGUGGUGUAGAAAUCGGUAUUGUAGUGUUAGUGUUAAUAGUCUGGGCUGGUGCUAUAGCUUUAUUUUUUAAUCGAUGGGGUAAGAUACGAAUGUUGCUUCCAUAUCAACCGGACUACAAGCAGGAACAGCUGAAAGUUCCUGGCACUGGUGUCUGUGCCAAUGGUACCUGCAACGGACAACAUUCCCAUCAGCCUUACCAUCCGUGGCCGGAGGAGCCCUCCUCGGUGAUCUCGGAACGUUGCACCCGGGCCCGUAUCAACUCGGCCAUCUUCGUGUCGUCCGAGGGCAAAGGGUUCGACUCGAUCGAGUUCAUCCGACGGUACGGCUCGCAGAGUGUCCUCUGCCGGAAGGCCAAGAGUGCCGAGAACGUGUCGGCCUCCGAGCGACAGCGGCGCUUCUCCGAGUAUCCCGAGUGGGAGACGGAAGACAGCACGACGGGCAACGGUACGUCCGCCCAUUCGGCCAGUAACGCGCGGCGGAAAAAGUCGCUCCGGCAGGACUCGAUCGAGAUGGUGGAGUGUCACAAGGAGCCGGUCGCGGUCACCGUGCCCGUCCCGGUCCCAGUACCGACCGUGACACCCGGUGCCGUACCGGUCGUCGUCGGCACGACGCCAACGCUCGUCACGGUCGGUGUGCCGGUCGCGAUCGGCAGCAAACCGGCGGUGGGAGCAGCGGCCGCCGCCACUGUCACAGCCAGUGCCACCGCAGCGGCGGCAGGGAUCGUCAAGCCGACGCCGAAGCUGUCCAACCUGCCGACACUCUCGGUGUCCGGACCGUCACCACCGCACGAGGAAGAAUUCCUCAAACAGCUCGAGAAGAACCCGACGGUCGAGACGGACGUCGCUAGCACAAGCUCCACAGAUGAGUCGUUAGAGAAGGAGCGCUAUUAAACGCUACCGGAGCGUCAGUGCCAACAGAUGGAGACAGAUCGACAGUGUAAUUGCAAAUUGUUUCAACUUACCUAUUUAACUAAAAUAACAAAUCAAUGGCCGGAACGGAACGACAUGCCUCCGGGAAUAAUCACGUCCAUUGAGGAGAGACCCAAAAAACAUGAUUCAAAUAUCUCAAAAGGCUUACCGGCACCUCGAACAAAAAGGGAAUCCCUUUUUUGGAAAUGGAAUCUCUCUUUUUUCACCACGAACCCCGAUGGAGACGGUUUAAUUUCAAGUGUAAAUAUUUACCUAGCUGAUAAUGAAUGACGCUCGGUUUUCGAAGGCGAGCUUUUCAUCGAGCCUGUAACAGCGAUCCUUCAUGAUGCUCCCGGACGUGUCGGUAGAAAUCCUCUUCGGGAGUUGAAUUAAUGGUACCGCGGCGUGAAACGUGCAAUGAUUCAAACAACCAGCGGACAACGGACGAAGGCAAGUGAUAAUUAGCAAACGAAAACGAAGCGGCCAGCCGAUCGUUGGCUGUAGUUUUAUUUGACGAAUGGCGAAUGUUCGCGCCCCAUUGAGAGUUGGGCUUUAUUUAUGGUAAUCUUUCUCGUUUUUACCAUCGGAAAAGUGUUUUUGUGAGUCCAACAUACCAAUCAAUGUGAUGAUAGCACGGGGGAAAAUGUGGCGGGCCCUUCGCUCGUCACUAGCGGAGACGUGCCAAUUAGUGGUGUCAUUAUGUCACUGAUUGGGGGCUAAAAUUUGGCGCACAAAAAGUAGCAUAAUAAAUGAAGCGUUAAUUGAAGUUGUACUAAAAUCACGAUCAGUUUUGAUUCUACAAACUGCAUCAAAGAAAAAUGCAGGGGGGAGAUAUUGUCACACAGAACCUAAUGUUAAAAUGUGAACAGGAAUGCAUGCAUGUUAUAUGUUUAAGAGACAAUAAUGUUUCCUUCAAAAAUAACUCAACAAACAAAUGUUCUCGCGUAUUAUCGUGGUUGGAGGUAGAGUAAGCAAGCAGUAGUACUAAAACAUCCAAAAGAAUGUACCCUACGUAUGGGUUUCCACUGUCUAUUUAGCUAUGGUUACGCAUUGGCUACAUGAUUGUCAAUUCACAACGACUACACCACAAAACAAACUACCAGUGUCAACACAGUUCCUUCCCGGCUCCCGUGGGCACCUUAAGCCGACCUCUGUCAGUCAGUGUUACAUGCUGUAUUGUACUAAGUAAAUGUACUAAACGUAAGUCUUUUACAUGGGCUAGCAGUUCGUAAGUAUAAUACUGUAUUUCUAAACGAAAAUAGAAAAAAACAGCAAAAAUAGUUUGAAAAAAACUAAUCAUAAGGAUACAACCAUUGAUACAUUUUAUAUAUGACACGGGACCACUUUGUGUCUUGUUUCGGUAAAUCCCUCCAUAAACCUUCGUACAGAGUGCGCUCAUAAAUUCAACAGGCAGUGAUCAGACAGCUGAAAUGAGAUCACUAUCGGUAGGGAAAGUAGACAGUUUUAAACACAUGAGCAUAUUCAAAUAGCGUUCUAGUACCGAUUUGUGUAACUGAUUCAAUGUCUGAUUAGCAUUUUUUCAUGGAACGUGUACUAAACAGCUGGCGGGGAUAUAUGUGAAAGAAAUAAUAAGCAAAAACCAUAUAACUUUCGAAUGUCUUUUGCGAGAAUCAAGAGUACCCUAUUGUGUGUACAUAAAACCCGAAAAAUUGUUCAAUGAAUGUUUAUAACAUAUAGCAAUUGUUGUAUUGGGAAAAGUGGAGGAAACACAUUAGCACUCUGUUAGCAUCACCCUAACAGCCCAACAAUAUCAUAGUUCAAUGAUAGGUUAGUAAAAACAAAUAAUAACUAAACCAACAUCCCGGAAAAGGAAAAGCCCCGGACGAUAUUCUAAGCAUACUAUGCAACUAAGCCUUAACACUACACUCUCCUGUGACAAGCCUGGCCAGAGCCGCGUGUCGACGAAAGUUUAAUCGAUGAUCCCCAGAUAUCAUCAAGCUCACCUCUCUGUCGUAAGAAAAGGAAGUGAAAAAAACACCAGUUAAAUUAGCAAUCUCGUACAAAACUGUACAAAAAAUCAAUCGUUAAUCUUUCCACUUCCCUUCUCUCUUUCUGUCUGCACCGUUAAACAUAUCUCCAGUUGUGCGAUUCACUUCGUAAAUCCUAACACUCACACCUAUCGUUGUCUAACGUGCUAUCGGUUGCACACGUGUAACAAUCCAUUCUACGGCUAGCGUCUUAUAAUCCUUCCCUGCAAGUUCCCUGGGAAACAAGACACUUCUCGAUCUUUCUUCAAAAUCUAUCGUUGUUGUUUGGGACACUUUUAAGCUAUACCCAUUAUUCAAUGCUGUAUCUAUGACUCUUUACUAUCGUGCAACUCAUUAUAACAUUAAAGAAAUCACUAUCAACCAAAAACCAAAAA